AUGAACGACUUUGAUGAGUGUGGCCCGAGCCCAGCUAGCAUGUACCUGCCCGGUUGCGCCUACUAUGUGGCCCCGUCGGACUUCGCCAGCAAGCCGUCGUUCCUGUCGCAACCGUCGUCCUGCCAGAUGACUUUCCCCUACUCGUCCAACCUGGCGCCACACGUCCAGCCUGUGCGCGAAGUGGCCUUCCGUGACUACGGCCUGGAGCGCGCCAAGUGGCCAUACCGCGGCGGCGGCGGCGGCGGCGGCGCAGGGGGCGGCGGCGGCGCUGGCGACAAGAGCGACCCCAAGGCGGGGGCCGGCGGCGGCAGGAGCAGCCCCUGUGCCAAGACGACCCCCGGGCCAGAGCCCAAGGGGGCGGCGGAGGGCGGCGACGGCGAGGGCCCCCCGAGGGAGGCGGGGGCGGAAAAGAGCGCUGGCGCAGUGGCCACCCAGCGGUCCCGGAAAAAGCGCUGUCCCUACACCAAGUACCAGAUCCGCGAACUGGAACGCGAGUUUUUCUUUAACGUGUACAUAAACAAAGAGAAAAGACUCCAACUCUCUCGGAUGCUCAACCUCACUGACCGGCAAGUCAAAAUCUGGUUCCAGAAUCGCAGGAUGAAAGAAAAGAAACUGAACAGAGACCGUCUGCAGUAUUUCACUGGAAACCCCUUAUUUUGA